AUGCUUUGGUGCUUGAGCGCUGUUAUACGGCGCUCUUUCUUCAGACAGGCAGCAGAGCUAUCGCGCUCCUGCACAACCUGGUUGGACGCUGUGCUGAUGAGCGAAGGCAACAAGAAGGAAGACCAGCUGGGAGACAAGCUGAGAGACAAGCUGGGAGACAAGCGGACGCACCGUCCAACAGAGGGAAACAAGAAGGAAGGCAAGCUGGGAGACAAGGGCGACAAGGAGACAAGGCUUCGGAAGGUGGACGCGCCGUCCAACAAAGCGAAACAAGACGAAAGACAAGCUGGGAGACAAGGGGACAAGGCCGGCGGGCACACCAUCCAACAGAGUGAAACAAGAGGGGAAGCAAGAAGGGAGACACGUUGGGAGACAAGAUUUGGAGACAAGCUUUGGAGACAGGCUUUGGAGACAAGGGAGACAAGGCCUCGGGAAGCGCGGACACACCAUCCAACAAAGGGAAUCAAGAAGGGAGACAAGCUGGGAAGCAAGGAAAAGAAAGUCUCGGGAAGGCGGACGCACCAUCGAACAAAGGGAAACAAGAAGAAAGACAAGCUGGGAAACAAGGGGGGGACAAGCGGGGAGACAAGCGGAGACAAGCUGGGAGGCAAGCUGGGAGACAAUAGCUGGGAGACAGGGAGGCAAGGGAGACAAGGGAGACAAGGCCUCGGGAAUGCGGACAAGCCGUCCAACAACAGAUGGCCACAAGAAGGAAGACAAGCUGAGACAAGCGGAGAGACAAGCAAGCUGGGAGACAGGGAGACAAGGGAGACAAGGCCUCGGGAAUGCGGACAAGCCGUCCAACAACAGAUGGCCACAAGAAGGAAGACAAGCUGA